AUGAUCCAAUCAACGACAUUUUUGGUGAAAAGGGAAAAGCCAUUGGCCGAUGGAAUGGGUCGGGUUGUUUUGCGUGCGUGAGUGUGUGUCGCUGGUUUGGCCCCCGCAUUUUGGGAGCGUCGAAGGAAGAGGAGAGAGGAACGACGUCGACGACCGCAGGUCUGGUCUGCCCCAUUGGUUGGUCGACGAGACACUUCGCCGACCGAGGAGACCCAGAGACUGCCGACCGUCGAUGGACCGUUAGCCUCCCGGAGACUCAUGACAGACGACUGGCGAGAGAGUGUGUCUACAGGCGGAGGUUGUCCCUCCGAAUGGGAAGUCAGACUACGUAUCAAGCUCCUACCCUCUCGCAGCCUUUCUUCCUCAAAAUUCCAGCCUUUUUUUCCUUGAUCUUUCUUUUUUCUCUUAAUUUCAUGAUUCAAUUCGAGGUUUCCUAUCGGUAAGACCGGGGAAAAGCUGAUUUUCGAAAUCGGGCUCCCCGAAAAAGCCCCAAAAACUGGUUUGCCCCCUAAUUCGCUAAUAAUGAGAGAAAAGCUGCCGAGAAGCUAAGUGAAUCAAUAUUUCAAAGGCACCUGUUAGCAUCAAGAAUCCGGAUAAGUCCUUUGUCCAAAACUCCGGAAUUUGUAGGCCUACCAGUUUUCGGUAUUUCAAACCUUUUUUGGACCGGUUCAUUUUCACUUUUUCGUCAAUUUUUCCGGGUUUCUGUAGGUAAAUUGGAUUGAUAUUAUCAAAAAGUGGGCUAGAAAUGAGUUUUUGAUAAACCUCGUGACUGUUUUUUUCUCCAAAAUUUGAGAAAUCCGAAAAUUUUAGGCCAGUCAGUUUUUUCCACUUUUGCAGCAUUCUUGAACUUCUCAGAUUUCUCAGUUUUUUUGGUAUUUUCUUCAAAUUUGCAGACUCCGAAAAGCUCCAUUAGUUAGGUAAAAGGGUCCGAUUUGAAAAUUAUAAAAAAUUUCCCAAAAUUUUAGGCCUUUUUUGUCUUCCUCUUGUAUUUUUCCACCUUUUUCGUAGUUAUGUGUAGACUUUGAAUGCUAAUUGCUUUUCAGAGUCCCCUCUAGGGACCACUAUGACGUUCCUAAGAAAAAUACAGGUAAUAUCAAAAAACCAGUCAGAAUCUCGUGACUUUUGCAAAAAAGCCUAAAUUUUAGGCCUAAUGGUUUUUUCAAACCAGUUCUAAGAACGGUUUCCUGAACAGUUUCUGAAUAAGUUCUCGCUCUUUUUUUUCAUUUUUCUGCUCCAAAGAGCCAAAAAACUUGAUUUUGAAACUUUCGUGGUAGGACCUCUAGGCUCCGCCCACUACCUGCUCUUUUCUUACUUUUUUGUAACUUUUGAAAAGUUGGGUUAUUUUUAGGAUCAUGGUGUUUUUUUCCACCAGUUUUUCAAAGAAAAUUUCAAAAAGUUGAAAAAAUAGUUUUUUUCAUGUGGCUCUACAUGACGUUUUUUUCGCAAAUAAAUAUUUUCUAAACUUGGAAUCUCAUCAAAAAAAAAAUCAUUGAGAAUUAAGAAAAGGAGAUUUUUCCAAAAAAUUUUUUAGGCCACGCCCACGGGCUGUGCCUUUAAUCAGGGCAGCGAUUGUUGACGACAAAUCUCAUGACCUGUCGAAAUUUCGACGUUUUUUCAAGAAAUAUGAUGGAUUUUGAUAUGUAGUUAGCUUUUUCUGUACAAAAUCGAACACGAAAAUGUAAUCCAUCAACAAAAAAAAGUUUCUUCGAAAUCCUUUUUUUAAAGGCGCAGAAGCCCUUUAUGACCUUAAAUACACUGAAAAUACUUUUUCGCCUCGAGACCUAGAUUUUUUUUUUAGAAGGGGCUUGCGAAAUUUCUCCAAAAAAUGACUCAUUUUGGUAUUUUUUUCGAUUAUUUCUCUCCACUCAGUUUAUUUAAACCUUCUGCCGUUUGAACUUUUGGAUUUUUCGUCUUUUUGUCGUUUAAUUUCACAUUUUUUUUUUGCGUUAACAGGCAAUUUUUCAGGGUUUUCUAUGGCUCGGACUUGGAAAACAGAAGUGUCCCUCCUUUAGGCUCAAAGCUUUAAACGGGUGAGUUUUGGGCAUUUUUUUUGAGUGGGGAUGGUUCAAACUGAACAAAGAAAAAUAAGGAAAAAUCCUAUUUUGUUAAGGAUUUUUAGGAAUUUUUUUUCUCAAGGAAAUAAGUAAAUUUUGAAGUUUUUAAGUUCUUCUAGGUCCACCUAGACGUUCUGAUCCAAGCUGGAUAAAAAAGUGGGAAAAUUUUGAGUGGUCACUUUCGGGUUCUACGUUUUAUUUUUCACUUUAUUUAUUCAGUUCCAUUUUAUUUAUUCGUGAAUAGAACUCUAAAGUGACCACGUAUUCGUGAAAAAAUAAAAUGAAACUAAAUAAUUAAAAUGAAUAAAAUAAAGAGAAAAAUAAAACUUAAAACCCUAAAAUGACAAUUAAAAGUGGCUUAGUGGAUUUUUCAAAAGUCUAAAAAUAUUACUAUUCUACUAAAACUGCUAUAAUGGCCACUAGAACACAAACUAGUGGCUUCUAUAGGGGUUUUUCUAGUAAUCACUUUAAAGUCCCUUUCCUGUUCUCCUUGAGCAACUUCUUAAGUGACCACUAAUGACUUUCCCUAGAACUUCCAAUGGCCUCAUAUUAUUGACUUCAGUUUCAGAGAAUCUAUUAUUCUUACUAA